AUGGACUACUUCAAAUCGCUUAGCUCGGCCGCCUCGUCGGUCCUCUCUUCCGCAGCACGAUCAGGUCCGCUUCCCAACUUUACCAUCGGACAGGAGCUUAGCGACUAUCGUCAGCAGACGCUCUGGUCGCUCUACUCGGCCGUCAAGCGGGACGACAACACCGCCUGCACCGUGCUCGCCUUUGACCUCUCCCAGCCCCACAACGCAACUCGAGCUAACCUCUUGCCGCUCGCCAAAAAUGCCGCCAGGAAGCUUCGCACUACGCGUCAUCCUGACGUUCUCAGGCUGCUCGAUAGUGCAGAGACCAACACCUCGGUCUACAUUGCCGUAGAAAAGGCUACACCGCUCUACAAGGUGCUCGCACAAUCCCAAGACAAGCGAGCAACCCCUCAGCGUCAAAAUUGGAUCGUCUGGGGCCUCUCGUCCAUCGUCAACGCCGUCAAGUUUCUCAACCUUGAUGCCGCCUCUACGCACGGAAACCUGCGUCCCGAGUCCAUCUUCAUCAGCGCCUCAGGCGAGUGGAAGCUAGCAGGUUUCGAGGUCUUGACCCCGCAUGCCGAAGCUCCACAUGGUCUUCUCUUCACUCAGCGCUUCUUGAUACCCGACGCCAACCGAUAUGCGCCGCCAGAAGUAAAGCAGAAUGGCUGCAGCGUUCUUGCCAACAUGGACUCGACGUUGCUCGACAGCUAUGCGCUCGCGCUCGUCGCUAUCGAAGCAUUCAACGGUCCCUUGCCGCCUCAGUCCAGCACAACUGCACCGCCAAGAGGCCACGUGCCCCAGCCGCUCUACACUGCGCUGCAACGUAUGCUUGUACCCAAUGCAAAAACACGCAACACUGUGGCACGAGUGUGGGAAGCAGGCGAGGCCGAAGGCGGCUUCUUCAAAGACAACACGCUGGUCAAGGUCGCAAGAGGUCUCGACGGCUUCUUGCUCGCCACCGAAAACGAAAAGGCCUCCAUCAUUCAGCUUUUGCAGGACAAGCCUGAUUCUUUCACCCCUGACUUUCUCCUGUACAAGGUUCUUCCUGCUCUCGUGGCUGCCCUCGCUGCUGUUCCACCACCAGGCACCAUCGCUUCGGCUAGUACCCAAGCUUCUGUCCUACUACCUUUGGUGCUUCGUCUCGGUCAGCCCUUGCCCAAGGACGAGUGGGCCACCAACGUGGUGCCGCCUGUGCUCAAGGCCUUUGCCUCUCCCGAUCGAUCCACGCGAAUGGCUUUGCUCGAAAAUCUCUCGCUCUACGCCGAGCGCAUGGACAAUCGUGUCGUCACCGACAAGCUCUGGCCCAACCUGAUCACAGGCUUCAACGACUCGGUUCCCGUCAUUCGGGAAGCCACGCUCAAAGCGAUCCUGCCGCUCGCACCCAAGCUGUCAGACCGAAUCCUCAACAACGACCUGCUGCGCGUCCUCGCGCGAACCCAGGUAGAUCCCGAGGCAGGCAUUCGUACCAAUACCACCAUCUUGCUCGGUCGGCUGGUGCCGCAUCUCUCCGUAUCCACGCGCAAGAAAGUGCUCAUCCCCGCCUUCUCGCGCAGUCUCAAGGACCAGUUUGUACAUGCUCGCGUGGCGGGCUUGAUGGCGUUGAUGGCGACCGGCGAUUCGUUCGAUCACCACGACUGUGCCAAACACGUGCUGCCCGCGGUGGCACCUUGUAUGGUGGACAACGAGAAGCUUGUCCGUGAUCAGGCGGAUAAGGCGGUCAAGAUGUUUCUAGAGAAAGUCGAGUCAGGAAGAAAGGGUAUGCCCGAUUCGGUGCUCACGCCGGAGCAGCUCAGCGGUUCGACUGCAUUUAGUGCACAGACGGAUGCAACAGCGAAUGGCGCCGGGUAUGCUACCGCCAUGGCGGCGUCGGCGGGAAGUGCAGCAACAGCACUGGCAGGCUGGGCCAUGUCGUCGGCGUUAUCGUCGCUUUCAAAUUCGGCUUCUGCACCCAGCGUUCCGGACGGCAAGCCGCUGUCCUCUGCUGCAGAACUGCAGUCGCACAUGGAUGGUAGCAGCACCACUGCGCGCUCCGUGAGCAUUUCUGCAACGCCAUCGCCAUCUACCCAAGUGCCCCCCUCGUCCGGUCUCGCCAGUCUCCGUCUUGGCACUGGCUCCGCUGCCGCAGAGGCUUCGGCGGAUAGCUCGACUCAUGCUCCGUACACUUCAGCCACAAGUUGUGCACUCGACUACGAUCUAGAUGACCAAGCAGCACCAUGCGCUUCUACCGCCUCGGCGUUCCAAACACCUCCGCUGGCGGAUGCGGAUCUGAUCGACGUGCACGACGAUAGUGCGGAUUGGUCGAGCUUCGAAGUGGGUCGGCCCAAGAAGACGAGUGUGGGCAAGACCAAGAUGGGUAAGGCGAAGUUGGGGCCUCGGCGCACCGCCAACGCAGCACGUGCCGCCGUGUCGGCGGAUCCGAAGAAUGCGAUCAGUAGGAGCAGUCUCAAGGUGGCUGCACCGGUGGAAGAGGGAUGGAGCGACGCGUGGGAUGCAGCAGGCGGUGAGGUGGUGGACAAUGUAUCGGUCCACGCGUCUCCGUCGUUGACAGAGUCGCAGGAGAUCACAGCGCAGGCGUUCGUCUCUGCCGCUCCGGACGAUGCAUGGGCUGCAUUUGACGAUCACGCCGCCGCAGACGAUGACGACAACGACAGUGCAAGUGCAAGUGCAGGCGCUACUCCGGCUGUUGCACCAGCGCCCAUGUCCAAGGAGGAGAAAAAGGCCGAACUGGAGCGAAAGAGACUCGAAAGACGAUCAAGGUUAGAACAGUUGAAGCGCGACAAAGAGCAGGCGAGAUUGCGUGCGCUUUGA